AUGAUGGCAUCUGGUAGUCAUGAUAUAUCUAUCCGUUUAUGGUGGAUGUUAAGACAGGAUUAAUAAAAAGCCAAAUUAGAAGGUCAUUCAGAUAGGGUUUAUUCAAUUUGUUACUCUCCUAAUGGAAAUACAUUAUCUUCAGGUAGUCAUGAUAAGUCUAUCUGUUUAUGGAAUCUUAAAACAGGAAAAUUAAAAGCCAAUAAAGAUGGUCAUAAAAAUGCAGUUAAUUCAAUUUGUUACUCACCUAAUGGAAAUACAUUAGUAUCUGGUAGUCAUAAAUCAGUCUAUCCGUUUAUGCGUAAAACAGGAAAAUUAAAAGCCAAAUUAGAUGGUCAUUCAGAUAUGGUUUAAUUCAAUUUGUUACUCUCCUAAUGGAAAUACAUUAGCAUCUUGUAAUCAUGAUAACUCAAUCCGUUUAUGGGAAGUUAAGGCAGGAUUAUGAAAAGCCAAAUUAGAUGGUCAUUCAAAUAAAGUAAAUUCAAUUUGUUACUCUCCUAAUGGAAAUACAUUAAAAUCUGGCAGUUAUGAUAAAGUCUAUCCGUUAUGGGAUGUUAAUAUCCAUUUAUGGGAUGUUAAGACAGGAUAAUUAAAAACCAAAUUAGAUUGUCAUACAAAUGCAGUUAAUUCAAUUUGUUACUCUCCUAAUGGAAAUACAUUAGCAUCUUGUAAUCAUGAUAAGUCUGUCCUUUUAUCUUUUAUGGGAUGUUAAGAUAGGAAAAUGA